GUCAAACAAGUGACAGCUACGAAACCGCAUGUGCUUACAUUUUUCCGCAUCGCAAAACAUUAGCCCGACCGAGUUGUGGCCCCGGUUCGUUUUGGUAGGGAAUUUUAGGUUUUAAAGCGGAUAAAAGCAACACAACCAUGGACGUCGAUGUCGCUGUUAACGCUACACCGCAGGAGGCAGCAUUCCAGGAGCCUCGUAAGCCGAAAACACCUAGGAAAUCAGGUGAAAUGAGGAAGGUGUUUAUUCCACGUACACGCAAGACUGCCCUAAAAGAGCAGUGGAUGAAAAUCUUUACCCCAGUUGUAGAGCAAUUGUCGCUUAUGAUACGGUACAACGUGAAGCUCAGUCAGGUGGAAAUUAAGGCAUCUUCCGCAACUACCGACCCAACGUACCUCCAGAAAGCGGCUGACUUUGUGCGAGCCUUCGCACUCGGUUUCGAGGUUGAAGACGCCCUAGCACUGAUCCGCCUUGACGAUCUGUUCAUCGAAAGCUUCGACGUAACGGACGUGAAAGCGCUCAAGGGCGAUCACCUGAGCCGUGCGAUCGGCCGACUUGCGGGCAAGGGUGGACGGACAAAGUUCACGAUCGAAAACACGACCAAAACGCGCAUCGUACUGCAAAACUCGAAGAUUCACAUCAUGGGCAGCUACAAGUACAUCCAGCAUGCCAAACGUGCCCUCAGCCAUCUGAUUCUCGGCUCGCCGGCCAGCAAGGUGUACGGCAACUUACGCUCGGUAGCUGCCAGCCAAAACUCGCAACGAAUGUAGAUGAUCCGGUUGAUGUUGUGUAGCCUUAGUUAUUUAAGGAAAUUGAUUAUUUUCAAACCAUACGGAUGUGACUGGAGGCGUGCGUGCGUGAUUCUCUCGUGUAAUAUAGGGUUUUCGCUACAGCAAGAAAAACGGCGAACAAGCGGGAAAAGAGAGAGAGAGAAAUUAAUAAACAGCAUUUUCAUAAA